UCGCUAAAUUUUUGACAUUUUAUAAAGAUAUUCUUUUCAAUAAAACUGUGACAGUAAGUUUUUAACUGAUCCAGUUGUUUUCAUUUACAUUCAGAUAGUCCAGAAUGGAUAUUUACAUCAUUUAGAUGAAAAACAAACUUAAAACGUUUGUCUAAAAUGCAAAGUUAAAUUCAAAUACUGGUAUUCAGUCAAAGGUGUACAAUGGCAGAAACAGACACUGCUAUACAAGAGGAGCCAACCUCAACCGGUACAGAUCGGGAGAAUCUUGAUCGGCUGCUAAAGAUCUUCAAUGGAGGAACAGGAGUUAAUCUCGGGGAUUUGUUGGUAUCAGUUGUAGAAGCCCAGGCAAUCUAUGAUAGUACCCAGGAGACCCAGUAUGAGAGAGAGAUUGUUGAUAUAAUAUUUGCCAGUAUUAAAGGCUGGCAUAUAAGACAGAGAGAGGAUAUGAAACUUAAAUUGGAAGAAGGAAAGCGGAAAGUUACUAUUAAUGAUACUCGUCGACCGCCACCUGUUGCCCCACACAUGACUCAACGUGUGAAGACUUUCUACAUGGAUCCUUCAGAGCAGUAUUCAUUGACUUCCAGAGACACUGUAAUUAUACCCAAGGUGGCGACCAAGUCUGCUCGAGCUAGAUCAAUGAUAGGUGGUACUCCCAUAACCAAGGAAACAGCCAUACAAUUGAGAAAAAUAACUGUAGGAACAACAGUGCAUUCUUUCAGUAGAGAAUGGAGGAAAUCAGCCCUAGUUUUUCAAGAUUCCUCUACAAAAUACCCAUAUGGAUUUCAAACAUCUAGGUGCGGAUCAAGGGCAUUGAUUCUUUGUUUCCAAGGUUACUUGAUGAAACAUCUACUAUUUGGGAAACAGUAUUCCUCUAGUCUUGCAUCCAAACAUGCCUUACAGCCAUCAGACUUUGAGAGGAGGAAGGCAUUGAGUGGUGCUAUAUGUGAAGUAUUGUGGCAGGCUGGGAAUAAUGCUAGAUGCUGUGUAUGUUUGCAGCAAGAUACAGCAUUCUUUGAUACAGACUAUCAGUAUAGGGUGGAUGGUGUCACAGAAAAACUUAAUUUGUAUGAAUUCAAGAAAUUUACAGAUCUUGAAAUGUUUGUAAAGAGGCAUCUAAGUCAUUUUGAGCACGAAAACUCCAAUGGGUGUAUAUUACUGUUAUACAGUGUCAUUCUGUCUCGGACUGUUAGUAGGAUUUAUGAAGACAUGGGAAUCUCAGAGAAUGAUCGUUUCAAGCUGUUGUCAGACAAUGAAGAAUGUAGCAUCACCUUAGUGAAUCUCUUGUUGACAGGUCGAGCUGUGCCGCACUAUCACAAUGGAAACAUAAUUUACGAUAAAGAUGGGAAUUUACUGCCUCAGCCAUUGAGAGGUAUAAAGGAGAGAAGUCCAGUUGGAUUACUAUACUGGGAUAAAGGAGAGGAACCUGAUGAAAGAACUGAGAUUGGAAGUAUGUUAAAGACUCCAAAGAAUCCAAUAUGGCUGACUUUAGUGAACGGCCAGUAUGGACUACUUUUUAGCAACAAUGUAGAUCUUGUUUCUGAUUGGAGGGUGGAACACCACUUCACAUUGUAUUACUACACAGGCCUGUUAACAAAAACAUAUACAGUUUUAACUAUAGAAACAUUGAGAGUUGAAGCCCGAGUGGAAAACAAACCUCCAGAAGAAAACUGGGGAAACACUCGCUACACAAGAAGAUUCCGCUGCAAGACCGGUCUGGCACGAAAAGUUGAAGAAGAAAAAAUACCUCCAUUAGAAAAAUGUAUCCUAACAAAAUGGUAUGGUGCGAACGUAGACUGGGAUGGUGUUUAUCCAUUUUACUGAAAGACAGUUUAACAACAUAAACGAUGAAUUGCUAGGGACCAGCACACACUCACUUGCCAUAAAAAAUACGCAUUUUAAAUAGCAUUUAUCUGUGUAAUGUCAUUCAACAUAUGAGUACUGAUUGGAGCUUAUUUACUACGGAGAUGCAGAAUAAAUUUAGCUAAUUGGGCUUGAGUCUUUGUUUGGCAGAUUUUGAAGCUCUUUGUGCUUUGACAUAUUUGUUAGACCAUAUGAUGCAGCUUCCAUUGUUUCUGGAGUUCAUUCUAAUUAUAAAUACAUGAACUUAACUACAGUAAAGA